GCGUGUACCCACCCCCCCGCGUGUACCGACCGCCAUGGCCCAGCGGCGGAGGAAGGGACCGAGACACCGGCGACCCGCCCGGGACAGGGACGGCCACCCGGAGGACGGACACUGCCAUGGCGAGGCCCAGGGGCCCGCUCCGACCAGGAAGCCGGGCUCCGGCAAGCCCCUCCCGGCCUUCCCCGCCGCCGACUGCCUCUCAGAUGUGGAGCCUGACACCCGGGAGCUGGUUCGCGUUCAGAACAAGAAGAAAAAGAAGUCGGGGGGCUUCCAGUCCAUGGGCCUGAGCUACCCGGUCUUCAAAGGCGUCAUGAAGAAGGGGUACAAGGUGCCGACCCCCAUCCAGAGGAAGACCAUCCCCGUGAUCCUGGACGGGAAGGACGUGGUGGCCAUGGCCAGGACGGGCAGCGGCAAGACGGCCUGCUUCCUCAUCCCCAUGUUCGAGAAGCUCAAAGCCCACAGCGCCCAGGCCGGGGCCCGGGCCCUAGUCCUCUCACCCACGCGGGAGCUGGCCCUGCAGACCGGGAAGUUCACCAAGGAGCUGGGAAAGUUCACUGGCCUCAAGAUGGCCCUGAUCCUGGGUGGAGACAGGAUGGAGGACCAGUUUGCAGCCUUGCAUGAGAACCCGGACAUAAUCAUCGCCACCCCCGGGCGCCUGAUGCACGUGGCCGUGGAGAUGAACUUGAAGCUGCAGAGCGUGGAGUACGUGGUGUUCGAUGAGGCCGACAGACUCUUCGAGAUGGGCUUUGCCGAGCAGCUGCAGGAGAUCCUCUCGCGGCUCCCGGAGGGUCACCAGACCGUGCUCUUCUCGGCCACGCUGCCCAAGAUGCUGGUGGAGUUCGCCCGGGCAGGACUCACGGAGCCGGUCCUGAUCCGCCUGGAUGUAGACGCAAAGCUCAACGAACAGCUGAAGCUGGCCUUCUUCCACGUGCGUGGGGACGACAAGCCGGCCGUCCUGCUCCACCUCCUGCGCGACGUCGUCCGGCCUCAAGACCGGACGGUGGUCUUCGUGGCCACCAAGCACCACGCCGAGUUCCUCCGGGAGCUGCUGACGGCCCAGGGAGUGGACUGCGCCCACAUCUACAGCUCCCUGGACCAGACCGCCCGCAAGAUCAACCUGGCCCGCUUCGUCCACGGCAAGUGCUCCGUCUUGAUCGUCACUGACGUGGCCGCCCGGGGCCUGGACAUCCCUCUGCUGGACAACGUGGUCAACUAUAGCUUCCCGGCCAAGGGCAAGCUCUUCCUGCAUCGCGUGGGACGCGUGGCCCGUGCCGGCCGCAGCGGCUCCGCCUACUCCCUGGUGGCCCCGGACGAGCUGCCCUAUGUCUUCGACCUGCACCUGUUCCUGGGCCGCCCGCUCACCCUCGCCCGUCCCCACCGGACCCUCCCAGAGACGGACGGGGUGCUGGGGCGCGUCCCUCAGAGCGUGGUGGACGACGAGUCGUGCGGGCUGCUGACGGACGACGGCGCCUCGCCGGAGCUGCAGAGCCUGCGGCGCGUGGCCGACAAUGCUCACAAGCACUACGUCCGCUCCCGGCCGGGCCCCUCCCCGGAGUCCAUCAAGAGGGUCAAGGAGCUGGAUCCCGCGCUGUUGGGCCUCCACCCUCUGUUCAGUUCCCGCUUCGAGGAGAAGGAGCUGGAGAGGCUGAAGCUGGUGGACAGCAUCAAGAAUUACCGGUCACGAACGACUAUCUUUGAGAUCAACUCCACCAGCCGGGACACAGCCAGCACCGUGAUGCGGGCAAAGAGGCGCCGGGACCUCACGGCCAUCACCAAGUUCCAGCGGGGGCUCCGGGAGCGGCAGGCGGCCCAGGGGUGCGAGGGGACCCGGCCUGACCCUUCCCCCGCCCCCGCGGAGGGCAAGGGGCAACGGGAGGAGCAGGAGGAGGUCAUAGAGGCGGUCUUCUCGGAGGUGAUGGGUCGGAAGAGGCGGAAGGUCAAGGGGCUGGACGCGGAGCGGAAGAAGAAGCAGCCGAAGCCGGAGCCUCGGCGGGACCCGGAAUUCUAUAUCCCCUACCGGCCGAAGGACUUCGACAGCGAGAGGGGCCUGAGCAUCGGCGGAGAAGGCAGUGCCUUUGAGCAGCAAGCCUCGAGCGCCGUCCUGGACCUGAUGGGGGAUGAGUCUCACAACCUGGACAAGAGCAAACAGCUGCUCAAGUGGGACCGGAAGAGGAAGCGCUUUGUAGGGAAGAUGGGACAGGAGGACAAGAAAAAGAAGAUUAAGACUGAGAGUGGCCACUACAUCAACAGCUCUUACAAGCGGGAUCUUUACAAGAAAUGGAAGCAGAAAUACAAGAUAGACGACCGGGACUCAGAGGGCGAGGAAGAGCCCAAGAGGAAAGGUGGCUGGCGAGGCAGAGGCUCGGCCCGGGCCCGGGAGUCGGGGCCGCGCAGGAAGAAGGGGCCCCGCUCCGAGCUGAAGACCAAGGAGCAGAUCCUGAAACAGAGGAAGCGGGACGAGAAGCAGAGGUUCCUGCAGCGGGGCGGACUGCGGCGGCUCAGCGCCCGCAACCGGCGCCGGGCCCGGGAGCUGAGCACGGGCGCCUUCGGCCGGGGGGGCCGGAAGGGCAAGAUGAGGAAGACGAUGUGACCUUUUCCCCCUCCCCCGCGGGGCCCGGCGGGAAACGGGCAUCUCGCCCCCUGGACCAGGGCCAGGCCCCGGAGCCACGGCUGUCCCGGCCUCGGCUAAGCGGGUGAUUAAAACGCCCGAACUCAGGA